UAGACGAUGACUCGGCGGGCCCACAAGAUCGCGUAGAAAGAAAAGCAGUGGCUGUUGGAUUAAGUCGUACACGUGUCGAAAAAUGAUUGGGUGAAGCGAUGAUAAGGCAGAAUUCCGUGCUUGUCCAUCACUCCGAUAUUCACAAGUACGCACACAGACUUGAGUUCAAACUUGCUUUUUAUGAAGCUACACUCUCUGGGGUCUGGGAUCUCCUACAAUCUGUGAACCACGUUUCUCCCUCGCUUGUUUCCUCCUAGUACAAUUUAAGUUAUUUUACAGCCCAUGCACCAUGUUUUAUGCAACUGCCGUCGUGACUUUGUAAAGCUGCAAGAGCUAAGAUCAUGUAAAAGUUAUUGAUUCAGAUAUACAUGGCGUCAGUUUCGGGGACUCGUAGUUUGUUCUGUACAGAUAAUAAUCUCUUAUGUGCAAAAGCUAUAAAAAGAAACAGGUGGAAAUGUGAAACUGGAACGAAAGUGGAUGAGCUCAUGCUUCAAGCAUCUCUGCCUCCGAGGAAACAAGAAGGCUUACUAUGCCCCUCCAUUACCAGGAAUCACCGAAUGGAAAAAUAUUGCAUAGUUACAAAAGCAACGAGUUCCUCUCUGGAGCAUUUGAGUUCGUUGAAUUCUUUUCUUGAAAAGCUUCACGACUACACAAAACAGCCCUCUUCAAGAGAUUCCAAGGAGAUGAGUGAAUCAUUUGGUGAAAUUGAUGAUGUCAAAGCAGAUAAUGGACUCAGAUCUCUAGAGAAUUAUCUUGUCAAAAUUAAAGAGGUGGAAUCAGAAACCAUUUUUAACAAAGACACAAAGGAGUCAGUAGAUACCUCAGCGGGGAAGGACCUCGGAAUGGUUGGAGAGAUGUCAUUUAAAAAUUAUAAGGGAAUAACACUUGCCAAUACUGAAGGCAAACAACAAUCUUCCAUUGAUGCCUCUGAUUUCUAUUUAAUUGGUGUAUUGGUGUCAAUAAACAUAGCAGUUUUCCUCUUUGAGAUUGCCACUCCAGUAAAGAGCUCUACUUUCGAGCUAUUUUCACUGCCCACGGUUUAUGGAGCGAAGAUAAAUAACUUGAUUCUACAGGGAGAGUGGUGGAGACUAGUGACACCUAUCUUUCUGCAUUCUGGUAUCAUUCACAUAGCCCUUGGGAGCAGGGCCCUCUUCACUUUUGGCCUUGAAGUAUGCAGAAAAUAUGGCUCAUUCACCUUCCUACUGCUAUAUGCUCUUGGAGGAAUUUCUGGAAACCUAUUCAGCUUUCUUCACACGCCAGAGGCAUCCGUUGGUGGUACGGAACCAGUGUUUGCCAUUAUUGGAGCUUGGCUUAUUUACCAAUUUCAAAGCGAAGAUGAGAUAUCAGGGGAUGUUUACGAAAGAAUGUUUCGGAAUGCCAUUAUCAUGACAGCUUGUAUAUGUGUCCUAAGCAAUUUCAGCCCUAUUGAUGACUGGGCGCACUUUGGCACAGCUUUUGUGGGUAUAUCGUAUGGCUUUGUCACAAGCCCAAUCGUGCAAGUGAAGGAUGCGUCUACAGAAGCAGGUCAACAUGAAAGAAUCACAUUUGUUAGACGGUAUUCGGAUCCUUGCAAAUCCCUUUUGUAUUUCUCCCUCUUCGUGUUGCUCUUGAGCUGUUUACCUCUUGUCUUCGAACCUCCAGUAGAUCUGAUUUGAUGAGGAUAGUUUGGUAUCAAUGUUUCCAUCACAUGAUUCAUACAUAGUUAGUAUCCACACUCCACAGAGAUAGGUUGCCUUUCAUCAGUUUCACAAGUUUACAUAGAGCUACAAUCUACUCUCUCACUAACUCUAUGUGAGAGUCUUGUGAUUGUAAAUUAUACUUAUCUAUCAAUAUAUAAAACACGAGUUUUGGCCAUUA